AUGCUCUCCGUCUCUCUUCUUCUUCCACCGUUCCUCUUUUCUUCGUCCUUCGUUCUAUCUCUGCCCAAAUAUUCCCCGAUUACACCUCCUAUUUUGUAUGUUCAAAUCUAUAACCGCCCCUAUCAUCCAAUUUCAUUCCUCCACCGCCUCAUCUAUCACUCUUUUAGUUUAAUCCCCGCUACCUACCCUUCCUUCUUUCACCGCUUCAGAUACAUUUGCUUUUUCAUUCUUUUUAGUCGGCAAUCUCCACCGCUUAAUCCCUACACCGAUCACUCAAAACCUUCAAUCACUUUGAAUGUUUACUUCUUCUAUUACUCCACCGCCUCUCAUCUUAUCGACGUUACCUCAUCGCCUUCCACCGCCUCACCACCUCAGGGAAGUCGUCCUCGGAUCCGGUUGUACUCUCUGCUUCAGUUCGACUACGGUCCGCCGAAAGACGCCGACAAGUUCGCCUGGAAACCCAAUGCCGGCGUCGAAAUCAACGAAACCGAAGUCGGAGGAAGGUUUAGGCCUUUAUCGAACAUCACCGGAGUUUGCCCUAAGUGUAAAGAUCAAAUCAAUGGAAACGCAAAUACGGCAAAAUACAAACCCCUAACAGAACCAGCCAAAUGUGAUGAUUCCUCUUUUCACCGUCCCUUUUCGUUUAAUCUCACGGAUUUCGGAGCUGUCGGAGACGGCAUCACUCUCAACACCAAGGCUUUCGAAGAUGCUGUUUCUACUAUCUCAAAGCUUAGGAAGCGAGUACUUUUAUUUCUUACUACUGCAACAUUUUACUUUGAGAAGGACAAUAAUGUAAUAGAUAAGUUGAUAUCAGGAGCAUUCAUAUAA